AGGGCGCUGUUAAUCGAUCGACUCUUCGCUAUUCGGCAAAAAACCCAAACCUCUACUCUUAGCCUUCUUCGCUACUUCGCCAGUCAGUGGUCCGUUCAGCCUUCUCCCGUCGGACUGUCGGCGCACGGCGGCAAGGCUGUCGGCUUAGCCUGUAGCUCAGUAGCCUCUUGGCGCUUAUCACUCUCGCCUCUCAUCUCUCUAGAGCUCGACUGCUCUAGUGCUCUGCGAGCCAUUUUCGCUCUUCCUCGCCUGGCCGUCUCGCUGAUUCUCGUACAGCUCCUCAAAGCCCUCUAUUCAGUCCAGCAGCUUCCGAUGACAUGCACCUUGUCGCCGCACAACUCCUCGCCAAGACCAGCGGACAGAAACGAAAGUUAACGUAACGUUCAUUUAGCGAUCAAUAACAAAAUUUUAAAACUUUGGUAGAUUCCUGCCUAUCUGUGGUCAGAAACUAUAUAGACUAUUUCUGGUUGAAGGAGAAAUGGCUGAGCACGUAGAAGAAGAGAAAUCAUUCAAAGAAUUAGGAGUGUGUGACCAACUUGUGGAGGCUUGCCACAAUUUGGGCUGGAAAACUGCUUCUAAGAUUCAAGCUGAGACUAUUCCUUAUGCUCUGGAAGGGAAAGAUAUAAUUGGGCUUGCACAGACGGGCUCAGGAAAGACGGGAGCUUUUGCAAUUCCAAUACUGCAAGCACUUCUAGACGCUCCACAACCAUUCUUUGCUUGUGUGCUCUCUCCGACUAGGGAACUUGCAAUCCAAAUUUCUCAGCAGUUUGAAGCACUUGGAGCUGGAUUUAAUGUCAAGUGUACAGCUCUCGUAGGGGGGCUUGAUCAAGUACAACAGAGCAUUGCCCUUGCAAAACGACCACACAUUCUUGUGGCAACACCUGGUCGUCUUUUGGAUCAUCUGUCAAAUACCAAAGGAUUUUCUCUCCGUGCCUUGAAGUUUUUGGUGUUGGAUGAGGCAGAUAGAUUACUGAAUGAGGAUUUUGAAAAAGCACUUGAUGAUAUUCUGAAUAAUAUUCCCCGUGAGAGGAGGACUUAUUUGUUUUCUGCCACCAUGACCAAAAAGGUGGGUAAACUUCAGAGGGCUUGUCUAAGGAAUCCUGUAAAGAUUGAGGCGGCCUCAAAGUAUUCGACAGUUGAUACUUUAAAACAGCAGUAUUGCUUUUUUCCUGCAAAAUAUAAGGAUUGCUAUCUUGUUUAUAUACUAACUGAGAUGUCUGGGAGCACAUCAAUGGUGUUCACACGUACUUGUGACGCGACUCGUCUUUUAGCUUUAAUGCUUCGAAACCUUGGCAUAAGAGCCAUACCAAUUAGUGGCCAAAUGAGCCAGGGAAAAAGACUUGGAGCAUUGAAUGAAUUCAAAUCAGGAAAGUGCAACGUUCUAAUUUGUACGGAUGUUGCGAGUCGAGGACUUGAUAUUCCAUCUGUUGAUAUGGUUAUUAACUAUGAUAUCCCAACAAACUCCAAGGAUUAUAUACACCGAGUUGGAAGAACUGCUAGAGCCGGUCGAUCUGGAGUUGCUAUUUCACUAGUAAACCAAUAUGAGGUGCAGUGGUAUAAGCAGAUAGAGAACCUCAUCGGCAAGAAAUUGCCCCAGUAUCCUGCUCCAGAAGAGGAAGUUUUACUAUUCUUGGAACGUGUAACAGAGGCCAAAAGAAUCUCCCAAAUGAAAAUUAAAGAAACUGGAGGCCAUAGGAAGCGAAGAGGUGGUGAUGAUGAGGAAGAAAAUGAUCGAUAUUUGGGUAUUGAGAGAGGGAAGUCAUCUAAGAAGCCAAAGAGAAAAUGAUAUGAAAACAGGCUUUCAAGUUUGAUCUUCAUAUCUUUAGUUCGUUUUCUCCUGCCCCAAGUCCUUGCGAGGGCCGAAGCUAUGAGUCAGUUUAGCCAAUUCUUUUGUCACGAUCCCUUUUCCUUGAUAACAUUUAUCCAAUUUUGUUUGCGAACCUUUUAAUUCAUUUCACAGUAAACGUACGGAAACUAUUUUGUUAUUCUUACGUCCAAAACUUUUUGCAAUUAUGUUUGUUUCUUUGCCAAAAGAAGCUAAUUAUUCAGUCGAUAAGUAGCUUAUUACCUACAAAGCUAUUAAGGCUAUGUUUGGCAUUACAAUUAAGCUAAUUAAUUUAAAACAAGUCCUGUUCGGAUGAAUGGCUAGAAGAGGC